ACCAUAAUAUUUUUUAAGUGGAUAGCUUAUUAUUACAUCCCAAAAUUUCAAUCCUAAUUUUUGAAAUAAUAAAAAAAAAAUCCCUAAACACGAUACAUGUGCUUUCGCAGCUUAAGCUUUCCCUGUAAUCUCCACCGCUCCGGUUUCUCUCAUCACCCCGCACCGUCGUUAGCCGACGCUUUCGAUUCCCAACCGCCGUCGCCAUUUCCUCUUGCUUCUGUUUAUGUUUUUCCGUGUUAGCUUGCGAUUCAACGCGCAGAGGAAGCCACCUGAGCUGAUUAGGGGCAGCUACUUCUCUUCUCAAGCACCUUUGUUCGUUCCUGCUCUCCUUCUCUCAACCCAGAGUGUAAAAUCAGCUAAACGUCAAGAUGCCUUUGAUUGAACUUUAUUUUUAUGGAAGGAUCUGAAAGACAGAAAGAACUGUGAACUUACUCUUUGAGAUUCCGUAGGAAUUCCUGCAGUAUUCUUUUUUUGAAGCUCGUUGUUAACUUGUUAACCAUGUCUGUAACGGCGGGUGUUAGUGAUGCUGUAAUUGCAAUUAGGGAAAAGCUAAGGGGUAAAAUUGGGCAAACUAAAGUCAAAAGGUACUGGCCUGGAAAAGCACCUGAGUGGGCAGAUGAUGCUGAUGAAGAUGGUGAUAUUAGGACAGCUCAGGCAGUUGCCUUGGAGAAAGCUUUUCCUAGACAUGAAGAUUCAGAUGUGGUCCAAAAAGAUGAUCCUAGGUUGCGCCGUUUGGCUGAGAGUAGGAUAGAUGACCGUGAAGAAGUAAGAGCAGAUCACCGGCGCAUCCGACAAGCUGAGAUUGUUUUGACAAUAGAAGAGGAAAACAGAAGGCAGGAAGGGCUAGAUUUUGAGGAACAGGAUGAAGAUGCUUUGGAGGAAAGAAGAAGAAGAAUCAGGGAGAAAUUGCUCCAGAGACAACUAGAGGAAGCUGCACUCCUUCCGGAAGAAGAAGAGGAGGAGCCAGAGGAAGAAGAGGAAUCGGAAUCUGAGUAUGAAUCUGAUUCUGAAGAAGAACAAACAGGUAUAGCAAUGGUUAAACCUGUUUUUGUUCCCAAGUCAGAGCGAGACACCAUAGCGGAGCGUGAACGGCUUGAAGCAGAAGAACAGGCCCUUGAGGAAUUGAUGAAGAGGAGAGUGGAAGAGAGAAAAUUUGAGACAAAACAAAUAGUGGUUGAAGAAAUUCGGAAAGACGAAGAAAUUCAGAAGAAUUUGGAAGUGGAUGCAAAUGCAGCUGAUGUGGAUACUGAUGACGAAGUUAAUGAGGCAGAGGAGUAUGAAGCUUGGAAGGCCAGAGAGAUUGCAAGAAUCAAGAGGGACAGGGAGGACCGAGAGGCAAUGUUGAAGGAGAAGGAAGAGAUUGAGAAGGUUAGGAAUAUGACAGAGGAAGAGAGGAGAGAGUGGGAAAGGAAGAAUCCAAAAUCAGCUCCCCCACCAAAGCAGAAAUGGAGGUUCAUGCAGAAAUAUUACCACAAAGGUGCUUUCUUCCAGUCAGAUCCCGAUGAUUAUGCUGCAAGUGCUGGAAAAGAUGGUAUUUAUACUCGUGAUUUCUCUGCCCCUACUGGAGAAGAUAAGAUGGACAAGACCAUAUUGCCUAAGGUUAUGCAGGUCAAGCACUUCGGUCGUAGUGGAAGGACAAAAUGGACUCAUCUUGUCAAUGAGGAUACUACAGAUUGGAACAACCCGUGGACGUAUAACGAUCCUCAACGAGCAAAGUACAAUGCGAAAAUGGCCGCAAUGGAUGCGCCUAUAGCAAAGCCCAAAGGGAGCAAGAAACUGAAGGAUUGGGAGUCUCACUGAAUUUCAGUUCCAUCAAGAAUUGAAGGAAGAAGCUUGUUUCUUGUCGUAAUUGCUCGUUUUUGGCCCUUACCAUGUUGCUUCCCAUCUCAUUUCUCAUUUCGUAAGAGUGCGGUAACUCAAAUAACGGCUCAGAUAUUGAUCCUUUUGGAUCUGUAAAGGCUGGCGAACUGGCGUUGUGCAAUUAUGGCACUAUGGAAAUUAUUUCUUACAUUUAGUUUAGUUGUUUGUCUUGCUGACGAAAAAGAUAUUUAAUCAGUUGGAUUGAAAGAAAUGUUGCUGGCUCAAGGCUAGUCGGCCUUGGCCUGCUUGUACGAA